AAUGCACAACCCGAUGAUCUAUUGAAGAAAAAGCUAGAAUACCUGUCAAGUAAGAAGACUGUUAUGGCAAUAAUAUGUUCUUUCUGUUUAAAUUUUCUCAUGAAUAGUUGUUUAUCUGCAUGGGGCUGACUGAAAUGUACUCCACUGCUGGGGCUUCACUGACCUUUAGUUGGCCUUCAUGUGGGGGCAUUAUGGCUUAGAGUUUAGUCUGUGGCAGUAUCUGAAGGGACUGUCUCACACUGGGCACACUGCCAAAAAUGUUUAUUAAUAAACUGUGUUGGUGGUGUGUAGACAACUUUAAUAUCAAGCAGAAUGGGGGGAGUCAAACACAUAGGUCUGAUUAUGUACAAGUAUACUAUAAAGAACAACAACCUCUUGUCUUUGAAUUUCAAUUGAAAAAGAAAGAAAGGUCUGGAAAUGACACCUGUUCACAGAUAUAAUGUAUCAGUAUUGGUCCCAUUGACGUGGAGGGUUCAAAAUAACAGAAUGCACACAGACCUGCCCCCCUGUAUUAUCCUAGGUUCUUUUUAUAGCAUAUGAACAGGAGAGAGCAGCUGCCCCUCUAUUUCCUGGUGACAUUCACUUGCUCCAUAUUCUCUGUAGACUGAAAUCACCUCUACACACUCACUGCCAGACUUUAGUCCAUAGCUCUGUCCCUGGCUUACUGACACAUAAGCUGCUGUAUUUCUCCAACCUCAGCUAGGUACCUAUCUCAGUCAUGGCAGACAGAAAGGCCACCAGCAGGGCAAGCACAAAAAGGAAAGAGAAGAAUGUGGAGAGCAAGGCUGAAAAAGAGCUGGAGAAAAAAAUGGAAAACAACACAGAGAGCAACGAACAGAAGGAAAAAGAGAAGGUGAAAAAGAAGCCGGAGUCAGAGGACGAGAAACCAAAGGGAAAUGGGGAGACAGUCCAGGGGGCUCAAGGAGGUGCUGAGGAUGGAGAAUUUCAACUGGAGCCUAUAGAACUUCCUCCAUUUGAGAUCAUCGUAGGAGAUCGUCUGAACCCGUCCUUCUUCAAGUUCCAGUUCAAAAAUGUGGAGUACUCUUCAGGCCGAAACAAGACCUUCAUUUGCUAUCAAGUGGACAUAAAGGGUGGUGCAGCAGAACCUGAAGGUCUUCGUGGGUACUUGGAAGAUGAGCACUCAGGUGCUCAUGCUGAGGAGGCCUUCUUCCAGCAGGUGUUACCUCAAUAUAACAAAUCUCUGCAAUAUACAGUCACCUGGUAUACAUCAUCCAGUCCCUGUGCAGCAUGUGCCACUAAAUUAGGAGAGAUCCUGCGGGCCCGAAAAACGCUGCACCUCAACAUUCACUGCUCCCGCCUCUUCCUGUGGGAGGAGCCUGAAAUACAGGCCGGGCUGAAGGCCUUGGCGAAAGCAGGGUGCAAACUGCGGAUGAUGAGGCCAGUGGACUUCAGCUACUUAUGGUCUACUUUUGUGGAAAAUGAAGAAGAGAGUUUUACACCAUGGGAGGACUGUCAAGAUAACUAUGAGUAUUACGAUGAGAAGCUGAUCAACAUUCUGCAGUAGGGAUUCAACUCUUAAAGGACACAGUUUUCCGCUCACUGCACGUGCAUCUUUUGUCUGCUGGAAUGUUGUGUUGUUCUGUCCACUGUCUGUCCAACACAGACCCACAAUUAUGUAUCUGAAAUGAUGGACAAUAAUGGAGUACAAAUACUGCACGGUUGUAAUUAACCAUCACCUUCUGUUGUUCGUAUGUUACUCUAUUAUUUACACUUUGGGAAUUGUACUCUAUUUACAUUAAAUGGAAUCUAAUUUAGACACCA